AUGGAUAAUUCCAGUUUCGCGAAUCUUAAGCAUACAAGAGAUUUGAAUGUUGGACAAUUGUAUCCAAUAAGAAACAUUACAAGAGUUUCUUUUUCACUUAACGGCGAUGAGAUAGCAACUUUGUUGCAUUCCGAGGACUUCAAUAUGCUCCUCCAAGCUCGUUUCAAUUCGAUGACUUUGCCACCAAUCAAAACCGAAAUAAUCGCUUACUCUUCAUAA